AUGUAUACCGAUGUUACACCACAGGAACUUUCCAAGGGUUUUUACCUCUCAGUCAACUCUCCGUUACGUUUCUUCUUGACGACCGUGUCCCGUACUUCCAUGGACAAUGCGAUCAGUUCAUAUGAAGCAGCGCAGCUCGUCAGUCUUCAAGAUCCGGAGCACCUGUUCCACGAACAGGCCGCUGCUUGGCGGGAGUUAUGGGAAGACGGCUACCUCUGCUUUCAUGGUAGCCAGGGCGAGGAUGCAUCUUCGACUCGAUUAAGUCGCAUUCUUCAUACUGCUCAGUACAGCUUACUUACGUGCUUCCCUUC